CCUCCCCCUUGGCCCACCAGCCUAACUCUCCACUGCCGGCCUGACCUCGCUCCCAGCCCUGCUGCACAGACCCUAGGCUUUAAGCUCAAGACCUCAGGAUGGGGGAUGAGGAGAAGCGUAACAGGGCUAUUACGGCCCGGAGACAGCAUCUGAAGAGUGUGAUGCUCCAGAUUGCGGCCACAGAACUGGAGAAGGAGGAGAGCCGUCGCGAGAAUGAGAAGCAGAACUACCUGUCCGAACACUGCCCGCCCCUGCACAUCCCUGGCUCCAUGUCUGAAGUGCAGGAGCUCUGCAAACAACUGCACGCUAAGAUCGAUGCUGCGGAAGAGGAGAAGUACGACAUGGAGGUGAAGGUGCAGAAGAGCAGCAAGGAGCUGGAAGACAUGAACCAGAAGCUGUUUGACCUGAGGGGCAAGUUCAAGAGGCCCCCGCUGCGUCGGGUACGCAUGUCAGCCGACGCCAUGCUAAAGGCACUGCUGGGCUCCAAGCACAAAGUGUGCAUGGAUCUGAGGGCGAACCUGAAACAGGUCAAGAAGGAGGACACGGAGAAGGAGCGGGACCUGCGCGACGUGGGUGACUGGAGGAAGAACAUCGAGGAGAAAUCUGGCAUGGAGGGACGUAAGAAGAUGUUUGAAUCCGAGUCUUAGGGCUGCUCACGACCCCUGCCCCAGCCCCAAGCAUCCAGCACUCAGCAGAGCACACUGGGGAAAUGCCCACCCUACAGCCCAAGCCCAGGAGGGCCUGGCCUGAUCUCAGUGGUCAAUAAAGGAAUUGCAUCCCCA